AUUUAAAGAGUGAAAGACUAUAUCUCCAAUGUCUAAAACUGCCAAGGGAUGAACACACAGGGCAUAGAAGGAAAUCGCAUUAGUUAGAACAACAAAUACAACUCCAACCUAAAUGACCAAAAUAGGAGCAAUCAAUGGAAGAAGGAAUCAAGGUGAUUAUCAGGCAUAUGACAAGAUAUACAAACACACUGAUAUCUUAGAACUGCAUACCAAAUACAACUGUCUUUACAGAACACAUAAUAGAAUGUAAAGAUGGGCUUCCCUGCUGCUGCAGUGGUUAAGAAUCCGCCUGCCACAUGCCGCAGAGCAGGGUUUAGUGCUCACUUUGGACCCCAGUAUCAAGUGGUGGAAUCCUGUUGGAGACUGAAUCUGGGCUGUGCCAUCUCUGAGGACGUGUUUGUGUACUUCUCCUGGGAAGAAUGGGUGCUACUUGAUGAGGAUCAAAGACUCCUGUACCGGGAUGUGAUGCUGGAGAACUUUGCACUUUUAGCCUCCCUGGGAAUUGCAUCCUCCAGAUCACAUUUAGUCACACAGCUGGAGCAAGGGGAAGAGCCCUGGAUGCCUGCCCAGGUGGAUAUGACUCCAGCCACAGAGAAAGAGGCUCAGAAGGGACCUGGACCUGGUUGUUGGUGUGGAGUGGAGACUGAGGCUGUUUCCUCUGAGCAGAGUGUUUAUUUAGAAGGAGUGUCACAGUUCAGGACUCCUGUGGCAGGUCUGAAGACACACCCAUGUGACAUGUCUGGCCCAAUAUUGAAAGACCUCCUACACCUGACUGAAUACCCACGGGGGAAAGCCAGGCAGGAACCACACACAUGUGAGGCAAAUGGGAAGCAGUUCUGUUUCAGCACAGACCUUCAUCAGCACCACAAGCAGCACAGUGGAGAGAAAUUCUUCAGGAGGGAUGAGGGCAGGGACACUGUGAAAAGCUGCAGAAUCUAUGUGCCAGAGAAGACCUACAUACACGGUGAGGGCAGAGUGGACUUGCCAGCCACCUGUAGCCUUCAGCACCAGGUUUCUCAUGAUAGAAUGAAGCCCCAUAAGAGCACUGAGCUUGUGGGAGCCCUUAGCACUGGACAGAAGCUUCAUAAAUGCAGUGAAUGUGGGAAAGUGUUCACUCGGAAAGACACACUUGCAAGGCACCAGAGAAUCCACACUGGAGAAAGGCCUUAUGAGUGCAGCCAAUGUGGGAAAUUCUUUAGCCAAAGCUGUGACCUUUUUAAACAUCAGACAGUACACACUGGAGAAAGGCCUUAUGAGUGCAGUGAGUGUGGGAAGUUCUUUAGACAAGUCUCUGGCCUUGUUGAACACAGGCGAGUUCACACAGGUGAAAGGCUCUAUCAGUGCAGUAACUGUGGAAAAUUCUUUAGCAGCAAGUCUAACCUCAUUCGACACCAGGAGGUUCACACAGGAGCAAAGCCUUACGUGUGCAGCGAGUGUGGGAAAGAGUUCAACCGCAGGCACACACUGGUUCUGCACCGGAGGACUCACACUGGAGAAAGGCCUUAUGAGUGCAGGGAGUGCGGGAAGUCCUUCAGCCAAAGCUCCCACCUUAACGUACACUGGCGAAUUCAUAGCAGUGAUUACGAAUGCAGCAGAUGUGGGAAAGCCUUUAGUUGCAUCUCCAAACUGGUUCAGCACCAGAAAGUUCACUCUGGAGAAAAGCCUUACGAGUGCAGCAGAUGUGGGAAAGCCUUCAUCCAAAGGCCAAACCUUAUUCGGCACUGGAAGGUUCACACUGGAGAAAGGCCUUCUGAGUGCAGGGAGCGUGGGAAGGAGUAACUCAGACACACACUUGUUCUCCACCAGAGGACUCAUGCUGGAGAAAGGCCAUGAGAGUACAGUGAGUGUGGGAAGCCUUUUAGCCAAUGCUCCCGACUUACUGUACACUUGAGAAUACCUAGCAGUGCUUGUGAGUGCAGCAGACAUGGGAAAGCCUUCACCCAAAGGCCAAACCUUAUUCGGCACAGGAAAUCCAUGCUGGACAAAGGCUUUAGAGUACAGGGAAUGUGCUGUCUCCUUGUUCAACCUAACAACUAUCCCCAGAGUGAAGCCCUGAACGUGGGUUUUGUGAGAGAGCCGUCAGUCAGAAGUGAAACCUCAUACAUAUGAACAUCCACAACAGGAAGAUUCCUGAUGAGUGCCGCGCACGUGAGGUGCUUUCAGGAGCUGCACAUUUCUAAACUGUCUAGUGCCUUUCCCGGUGGUAGAAGGCAUCCUGCUGUUCCCAUCUGGCAAAGUCCUACAGGGUGUGUCAGUUACAAGCUUAGUUAGGCAGACCUCUGCCGUCUCCCCAGUCCCUGGAAGGAGUCAUGACUGGCCUCAGUGGCCUACAGGGGGCCUCAUUUUCACCCUUUGACUGGUUUAGGUGUGGAAAGAAUCAGCUCCUAAGAUGGGCUCUCCAGGGAGCUUGCAGAGAUUUACCUUCGUGGAUUUCUUUGUCUCAUUGUGGAUGUAUACAGUCUCCAAGUCCUGCAGCCCUGGAACUCUGUGCCCCACAUUUGCUCGUGUUUGUACAAUAAUAAAGUCCUUACUCUGAGCUGCCUUUAA